UAUGGAUAAUUAAGAAUAGGUUUUAAUAGUUAACUAUACUUAAUUAUAAUCUGUUCAAUCCUAAUUCGAAUCUAUUAAUGAAUAACUGAAUUAGCUCAUUCCAAAAGUAUCAAAUCAUUAUAAACUAGAAAAAAUACAAACAAUUAUAUGCAUUACUGUCAAAAUUCUUUGAUCGUUAUGAUCAUUCUAGUUAAAUUCAUUUGAAUGACAAAAUUCACUGUUAAAAUAUUCUGCUCAAAGCUUUAAAUAAGAUAUAUUAAAAAUGUAUACUAAAGGAUAUGUCUCGUAAAAAUAUUAUCGACAUUAAAAUAUGGAAAUAGAAAAUAGUUAAGUAUUUGGAAAUCUAUCCUAUUCUUAUAUCUAAACUAACCUCUAAUUUCGACAUGAUCUAAAUUGAAACUAAACAUAGUUUAAGAGACUAAAUUAGGAACUCCAUAUUGAAGGAUAAACUACAGCAGUAAAUUCACAUCACAAAUAAUAAUACGAAACUUAAACUGAACUAAAUAGUGACCAAUUUCUCUUUAGAAUAAGAAUAUGAGACUUAUUUAUAAAAUAUUAUGGUUUCUUUUAGACUCUUAAGUUAUUAGGAUAUCAAACCAUAAGAAAAAGGUAGAUACGCAAAAUUAUCAUUUGAUGUAAGCAAAAUCUUGCUUCAGGGAAAAGGAAAAAGGGCUUCCAAAUUAUCUCAGUACAUUUUAUGUGCAACUAACUUGUUAAUUAAAAGCUUUGAAAAUAAUAAUGACAUGGCUCAGGAAAUUUUAGAAGAAGUCAAUAGUUCAAUUACUAUUAAUUAUUUAACAUAUUUGGUAUAGUAAUUAGAGGCCAAUAAUGAUUUUAAAAGAAAACUUAAAUGUAAAUGGAAAUUUAUGAAAUUAUUAAAACCGUUAACUUGGUUUUGGAUGCAAUCUAUCUAUUAUUAUCAAUCCAUUUUUAAAUUUGAAAAAUGCUAGGCCAUUAUGACACUGCUCAAAUGGCUAAGUUUUUAUUAUCUUCUUCAAAAUGAUGAAUUGGCAAACUAUAUUUAAAAUGUAUCCUCAUUGACAUAUUCUAAAUACAAAGAAUUAAUCAUUUUCAAUUAAGUUAUAGAAGCUGUUUGUUUAGAUGAUGAUGUGGGAAUGCCAAGAUUAAAGAGAUUAAUGAGAGAAACUCAAGAAUAGAAUCAAGAGAAGUAGUAGUAUAAACAAUCAGUCAAUUAUUAUUAUAAUGUGAAUGACAAGAACACCUCAUUCUAACCAGAAUUUUAUUAUUGCACUCCUUAGAUCAAAGCAUUGGCUUAACAAAAAAAGAAUACUGAUGUACCAUCUAUCGAUAUCCCUGUUGAAAAUUUGAGUUCUAUGGACACUCGACAAUCCAGCAAAACUUUGAAGUGUCCAAAAAGAUUGAAUACAUCAUUUAAUUUGAAUGUGUAAAAGUCUUUUCGUGGAUCAAUAUCAUAAUUCUCAACAAGUUUUUCAGAGAAGAAGAAUUAGUCAAUGUGUGCAAAUAGUCAACAAGCGCAAUAAAUUUAGCAAAAUACAGUUCCUAUGCUUGAUAAAAUGAUUAAAAAACUAAUCGAAGAGAAAAUAGUUCUUGAUAAUAUAGAGUAAUUUAGUAUUCCAUAAAUAUUAGGGAUAAGAAAUCUCAGUCACAGUAAUUAUUGAGCAAAGAAAAGCUCUAAUAAAAGGAGAAUGAUUUCUAUAAAAAGCUAUUGAAAUACAAGACAUAAUUUUCAAAAUUCGUCUCUCCAGUCAAAAUGAAAUCAAAUUAGGAAGUCAUUACAAAAUAAGAUCUACAAAUGAGAAUUAUUGAUAGACAAACAUUAGUUGAUUCCAAGAACUCCUAAACAAUCACAUUUUAAACAAAACAGAACGAUUAGGAUACAUCGUUGUUAUCCUUUGAAAAACCUGGAGUUUAAUUAGGUCCAUUAUAAAAAUUGAAGAAAAUCAUCUUUAAACAUCCUGAAGUGUUUUCCCUUCAAAAAUUAAGGAACAAACUUAAGUCAUCCAAAAAAUGGUACAAUAAAGCAAAUGCUACUCGAAUAUCAAAUACAAGUAUAUAUCUGCAUAUGACAUAUAUAGGAAGGUCAAUAAUGUCACAAAAAUCAAAGGACCACAUAACAACAGAUAUGAAUUAAUUAAGAGAUAGAUCAUAGACGUAAUUGAGGAAGAAGCUUAGUGAAACUUAAUUUCAAUUGGAAGCAGUGGAGAAGGAGAUGAGGAGUUAUAGUGUCAAAGUAAAGUAUUCUAGAUAAAAUGCGGAUUAACCUUUGCAGUUCGACAAUAAAUAUCAAAUAUUAAGUAGAUCUAUAAUAAAAUAAGAGAUGAGUAAAAAAUAAAUUUGA